GACAGACGCGCCGGAUAGACGUAAGUCACCGAAAUGAAAGUAAAAGUCAGCCGCUCGGAGGCUGCUGUGUUUGUGCUCGACCUGUCAACAUGAGCGCUUUACAGUUUAACAGCGUCUUGUUGGAGAUCUCUAACGCCAUGUCUGCUGAUCAGCUGAACGACAUGAAGUUCCUGGUUCAACAAGAGAUCGGGAAAAGAAAUCUGGAAAAGAUCGGCAGCGGUCGGGAACUCUUCCAGCUUUUCAGGGAAAGAGGCAAACUGUCGGAGGAUGACACGGCCUUUCUUUCAAAGCUUCUCAAAGAAAUUAAGCGACAAGAUCUCUCGGACAAGUUAGACAACUUCAGUGUUCAGCCUGAACCCGACGACGGCCUGAGUGAGGAGGAGAAAGCAAAACUGAAAAUUGCCACAGAGGUAAUUGCCGAAAAUCUUGGAAAGAGUUGGCGAAAACUUGGCCGCAAAUUAGGUUUGAGUGAAAGCAAGCUGGAGUCCAUCUCUAAAAGGCAUCCCACAGAUCUAGAGGAGACGGCAGUGGAGCUGCUGAAGGAGUGGAGGAAGAGUCGAGGAGCUGAAGCCCAAACUAACAUGCUAAUAGAUGCUUUGAGAGCUUGCCAGUUGAAUAUGACUGCUGAUAAAGUCGAGGACAGACUCUAGCAACCUGGAAUACUUACAUUGAAAAUUGUUGCUCAAGAAAAUGGCAAACAAAAAGGUUAAAGGUCAUGAAAGUAAUUUGAAUGAUUGAUUGAUCUCUAUGUCCUGUUAUCGUUGUUAUUAGCAGAGUGUUGCUGUUUGGGUCUCCUGCUUUGUGAAACAAUGUUGCUCUCAGUCUUUCAAGGUGACAACAUUGCUGGUGAUAUUUGUUAAUAUGGCUCAUAUAUAAAAGUGUUCAACUCUACUGAGGUACAGGAUCAUCUCAUCAAGUGUUCCAAAAUUAUGAAAGAUAUUUUUUAUGUCACUAUUCAUCCAAGAUUUUGCUCUUGAUACAGAAUUUAGACGAAAAGGUAAAUAAUUAGGAAAAGAAGCUUAUUUUGGAAAGUAAAAUGAGAUUUGUGUUGUUGUUCUUUUUAUUCUUUGUCAACAGACAGCAUUGUAUUUUAAUGCUUUUGCUUGUCUAACCCAAAAUAUACCCCGAAUCCAACUCUUUUCCCUCGUAGGCUUUGAUGUCAUCAAGGUGGCAGGUCAUCUGCCCGGGGUGCAGUUUCUGCAGACAAAAAUGAAUCUCAUUAAGGGAACCUUUCUGUAAGAACCAACAUGGGGCUGACAGAUGAUAACUGUGAGACAGUGGGAAGGAAAUAUUGACUUUAGCAGGACGAAGGCUCAGGGACUUACCUGUUGGGAGUGAGGGGGAAGAGAAAAGCAGAAGCACACAAAAUAAAAGGCAUGAGAGCCAGCGUUUAGAAGGAACGAAUAAUAAUUAAAUAGAGAGUGAAAUGAGAAAGAAGAAACAACGCCCUAACUAUACGCAAAAAAGAAAGUUUUAAGCCUAAUCUAAAAAAACC